CUGGACUUUAGCUGAUUUUCAGAAACAGAACACAAAUAUUAUAAGCGUCCAUUUAACUCGGAUAACGUUUAAGUUGAGUUUUUUAUCAUGACAACUUUUCUACUUCUCUUUGGAUUAACUCUGUGUGUUCUAAAGUUCCCGUCAUCUACGCAUGGCCAAGCGGCGUACUCGAUAUGUUUAGAUGGCUGGCUUGCUUUCAAUGGUUCGUGCUAUUUGCUUGCCCAUGGUGAUGUAAAGUUAACUUUCACCGGAGCCGAGCACUUCUGUCGCCAGCAUAUCAAUUCACAUCUUGUUCACGUCAACGAUGCCCUUGAGAAUGCAUUCAUCAAAGACCAUCUCAGAAACCUGAAACCAAACAACUGGUGGAUGGGAAUCACUGACGAAGAUAUCGAGGGUGUUUGGAAAUGGUUUGAUACAGACAAAGUCGCCUCAUUUACAGACUGGCAGCCAAAUGACCACACACAUAAUAACGAGGACUGUGCCGUGUUCGCCGUUGGAGACGACUUCAAGUGGGUGGAUACAUACUGCACGCACAAUUCCUACCUGUACACUCCAAUAUGCGAAACUCCCUCCCGUUCUUGCGAGGAAGAGUUGGUUGUUGGAUAAAUGAUAUCGACUGAAGAUGUAUUAACAAAAUAAA